UUUUACGUUAAUUGUUUAUCAUAAAUAGUAAAUUAUAAUUAUAAUUUAUUAUUUAGAAUUUAUUGAUUCUUUAAAAUGAAACGAAAAUUUCCCGUCACUAAACGUUCAUCUUCAAAAAAAUCUAAAAAAACUGACAAUGGUGAGCAACACCAGUCUAAAGCAACACUAGAUUUCCAACCGCAGCCCGAAUUCGUCGAUGUUGCUUGCAAAGAAAUAAAUGCGGAAGACACAGCAACCUGGGUUAAAUCUCGUUUACAAUAUGAAUUAGAAAACGCUCUUAGUGACGAUGAAGACGAGUACGAAAUAGAAGCAUUGUCAAGCGCAGGAUCGAGUUUUAGGAAGUUUGAUGAUGAGGAAAAGUGUAUAAAAGUAGAGUAUGCGCUUGAGAGUCAGUGCGUACUUCCUGAAAUGGACGAACAUAAUAACGAGGAUGAAUUACUUAUUAAGGAUUUAAUUAUAAAUAAAAAUUCAAGCAAAGCUUCGUCAUCUGCGUUAAAUACACCUGCAUCAUUACAAGCUGGGAAUAGCAAAAUAGUGGAGAAAUUGGAAAAACUUCAUGUUGAACGCAAAGGUAUAGAAAAAAUGUACUUAGAAUAUAUGCAAAAGCGAGAUGAAAACCGAGCGAAACGUGCUCUGGCGGUAAAUAAACGCAGCCGUGACAAGAUUAACGAAAUAAAAUCUUUAAUGGCAGAGAUUUCAACGUUAAAUGAGAAAUUAGAGUUAGAGAAUUAAUAUUUAUAUUCAAUUUUUUUUUUUAAGUUUAAACUCAA